AUGUCUUCCGCAACCUUUCCCGCAACACCGUAUGCCCCAACAUACGAUAAUUGGCCGUACAUCGACUCGGACUUUGUGCGAUACGACGAAAACGACGAUGGCGUCUUCUACCGACAACCGAGACUCGUUACGCAUAUCGAUGACCCGUCAAUUGCGCGGUUGACACAGUACUACGAUACCGCAUUACCGAAGACUGGCAGGAUAAUGGAUAUGUGCACGAGUUGGAAGUCGUUCUACCCAUUAUCGGUCAAGGAAGCCAUCCAGAAGGGAGAAUUGGAAGUUUAUGGCGUGGGACUCAAUGAGGAGGAAAUGGCAGUCAACGGCGUGUUCCAGGGACCCGCUCGCUGGCGAGUGCUCGACCUGAACAAACCACCACACGACGUACGAACUGCAUGGGAAAAUGGCCAGGAUUUGCAAUUCGACGCAACGACGUGCGUCGUCAGCAUUGACUACCUCAACAACCCGCUAGAAGUUUGCAAGAAACUUUUGGAGGCAACGAAAGAGGGUGGGAGCGUUCAUCUCGUUAUUAGCAACCGAUGCUUUCCAAACAAGGUCGUGAGAAGAUGGAUGAUGCUUGAUGAGCGCUCGCGACUCGAGUUUGUGGGCGAUUACCUGCAUUUCGCGGGAUGGAAGGAUGUGCAGAUUGUGGAUCUUUGCGCGAGGGACGAGAAUGGCAUGCGCGUCACUGAUGAUCAGGGGACGGUGCUUGUGAAUUCGCAGCGACUUCCAGAUCAUUUAGAUCCGUUGUGGGUAGUGCGUGGGACGAAGAAGUCGUGA